AUGGCGAACCGGCAAAUCACACGGCGCAUCGCCAUCAGCGCCGCGAUGUCGAUAUGCCUCCUCUUCUUCCUCUUUAUCCGCCCGCAGGGCCCUCCAAGUCCUGCCGUCCGAGCUCCCGGGCACAUUACGCACAACUCGGCGCCCGCGCCGGGGAUCACCAUCCAGGAAAAUAUACUGAAAGGGGCGGUGGUGAUGCCGAAACUGGGCAAUGAGACGGUCAAAGCUGAACUGGGCCGUGCGACGUGGAAGUAUUUCCACACUGUCAUGGCUCGAUUCCCCGAGAAGCCUACCCUCGACGAGCAGGAAGCCUUGCGCUCGUAUAUCCACCUCUUCGCGCGACUGUAUCCUUGCGGCGAAUGCGCGGAACAUUUCCAGCAACAUCUAAGCAAAUACCCACCGCAGGUAUCAUCGCGGAACUCCGCAGCAGGGUGGGCAUGCUUCAUCCACAACGAGGUCAAUGCGAUGCUUGAUAAACCAGAAUUCGACUGCAACGACCUCGGCUCGUUCUACGACUGUGGAUGCGGCGGCGACGAGGCAAGUGGCGAGGACAAGAGCAAGGAUGGACGCUCGGCCACCCAUGCCGAUACGCCACAGGAUGGGGACGAUCGUCACGAUAACUUGGCAGUGGAAAUCUCCAAGGAAGCGACUACGCGCGGUUGA